AUGGAGGGUGCACCUAGCCUGCGGCAACAAGCAAAAACUAUUCCCUCAAGCCACAAUGCGACGACUCUACUCAAUCUCCCAACCGAACUUCUCAACCACAUCGUCUUCUUCCUCGAUAACGGGGAUCCAUUGACUGCUUCCAUCUUACGAAAGCCUAAAGCCCCACAGAACACCUUGGGUACUUCUCACCUCAAAGCAAACCACUCCUACUUCGAUGACUCUAACUACAGGGACUGUCCUCUCAAAAUCCUGACCGUGACAUCUCGCUUACUUCGCAAGCUCGUCUUGCCCUUUCUUUUCCAACACGCCAGACCAUCUCCUGAGUGUUUUGGCCAAUUCCUUGCCUUUUUGGCCUCAAAUCACCUUGCCUCCAAAGUCACAAGCAUUCAUGUCUACUUGACUACGCAUUGCAAUCACGUUCAACCACCAUGGUGGGGUCGCAUUCUCAAUGCAUUACCUUCUGCGACCAAAAUCACUGUCACGGCACCACCAGAAGUAUUGAAUGGCCUUGCCGGAAUAUAUUCUUGGAGCAAUGAUGCCUGGGCCUUCGAUAUGCCUUUGCAAGUCCUCCAGCUUCGCCGACCAUUGAAGUUCUACCAUGAUCAAAUCGACUAUGAGACCUCACCUAAUUUCCUGUCCUCAGAGGGCUGGACGGGCAUGACUGUCAAUGAGGGUUCCAGCCUAUUGGCCUACACGACCUAUGAGUUCUUCUCACGGCGUACACCUUCUUUACUGACCGCCCUGCGCCAUAACGAUUCUAUGGCUUCAGGCACGUUGUUCGCAAAUCUUACACAUUUCGAUUUCAUCGCCAUUUUUCCAUUCUACAACCAUGUGGACGAAGUUCUUCACUGUAUACGGAAAAUGAAGCGGCUCCAGCGGCUGUUCUUGAAAUUAUGCCCAGAUCCUGAUACCACCAUAUUUCGCGAUGAAGUUGAAUCGGCCGGUGGCCAUAUGGAUAUCAAUGACCCCUGGAACGAAUGUGAGACCUCGUGGGUACUGUUAGCUCAUACGGUACUGUACUUGACAUUGGAGGGCGAUCUUUGCGAACUCGAAGUGGCAGACGUGCAGAUUGAAGCGCUGCGUCACACACUGGAAGACAAGAUGAGCACCCAGUUACAUGAAUGGUGGUGCUACAGUGGGCAUGCUUCUGGGCUUUGGCGACGAAGGAACGAACGUCUCGUCAUCGGACCGGAAACUCCCAGCACGGUCACUUAA